UCCUCCUCCCUCCGGGGCGGGGCCGGUGCUGGCGAGGCGGCCAUGGCGCGUCGUCCGGCGGUGCUGCGCGCCCAGCCCUGCGCUCUGGCGGCGGCGGCGGCGGCGUUGGCGCUGGCCUGCGCGCUCUACUACGCGGGCUCCGGCCCCGCGCAGCGCGCCCUGCCGCCGCCGCCUCCGGCGCCCCCUUCCCCGUCGCCCGCCGCCCCGGCGCCGGAGAGCAAGGCCAAGGCGGGCGAGGAGCUGCUGCGGGCCGAGGCGGCGGAGCUGCACGUGCUGGCGGUGCUGGCCAAGGCGGAGCGCAACGAGGCGCUGCGGGCCAAGGCGGCGGCGGCGCUGCGCUCCCUCGUGCGCUUCGGCAAGCUGGGCCCGCGGGAGGCGCUGGCGCUGCACCUGCUCUGCGACGGGCCCAGCAGGAGCCCCGCCCGGCAGCUGCUCCAGCAGGCGCUGCGCCCCGCCGCCUUCAAGUACAAGGUGGUCUUCCACGACCUGGAGGUGCUGGCCCAGAAGCUGCAGCCCACGGUGGAGGCCAUGCAGAAGCUCUUCAGUGCAGGGGCUGGCAGCUAUUACGGGGACUCGCUCUUCUUCCUCUCGGUCGCCAUGCACCACAUCAUGCCCAGAGAGGUUUCACGGAUCAUACAGGUGGACCUGGAUGUGGAGUACCGGGCUAACAUCCGGGAACUGUUUCAGGAAUUUGACAACUUCCCAGAAGGAGCAGUUAUCGGCAUCGCCCGAGAAAUGCAGCCGGUCUACCGGCACAUCUUCUGGCAGUAUCGGCAGGAACAUCCCAGGACCAAGGUGGGGGAUCCCCCUCCGGAUGGGCUGCCUGGCUUCAACAGUGGGGUGCUGCUGCUGGACCUGGAGGCCAUGCGCCAGUCGGAGCGCUACAACCGUCUGCUGGAACCGGCGGUGGUGCAGCAGCUGGCCAGCAAGUUCCACUUCAAGGGCCACCUGGGGGACCAGGACUUCUUCACCCUGGUGGGCAUGGAACACCCCGAGCUGUUCUACAUCUUGGACUGCACCUGGAACCGCCAGCUCUGCACCUGGUGGCGUGACCACGGCUACAGCGACGUCUUUGAGCACUACUUCCGCUGCGACGGCCACGUCCGCAUCUACCAUGGGAACUGCAACACGCCCAUCCCGGCGGAGUAGCAGCUGCUCGGGGGGGCAGCAGGGGGAGCUGCCGUGUGGAGAUUGGAGGUGGCCUCUGGGGCCUUCUGAGAAACAGUCCAGCAGCAGCCCAAGCCGUCUGCCCAGGGAUGGCCGGGGGCCAUGCUCUCCUCUCUGGGAAGGAGCCAUUGCCUGGAGCUGCAACUGCACCUGGCCCUCGAACCGGGGAGGGGGUGGGAUGUUAGGCAGAAGGGCCUGUGUGGUGGAGUGUCCUGUCAGUGACCUUAUUGGGCCUGGAGAAGCAGGCGCUGGGCUUCAUGCUUAGAGCGCCUCCAUGGAGGGGACCCCGAGCCGCCAUCCCACCUGGUUUUCAGUCACCCUCUGCUGGCUUGAACUCCUGGCUGGAGCUGCCUCUGGGUUCCUGGGCUGGGUGCGCGGAGGGGAGUGUCUGGUUAUCAGUGGCCUGCAGGCCUAGCCUUCGCCCCCAAGCAGGAGGAGAAGGUAAAGGGGAUGCUGUGACUUCUCUCCCCUUUUGCAAUAAAAUUCUGAGGACCACUA